CCCCUGGGAAAUACUAUGUAGUCAGUAUUGUGACAAUCAGUGGUACAUCAAAUGAAACAACUGGUGAAAAGAGAAGCAUGGCAUACUCUGAGACAAUUAGAAUUACCCCAACAAGACCAAAGCCACCUAAUGAUGUUAGUUGUCCACAACAGCCAAAGGAUAUCUCUUUAGAAAUAAGUUGGGAGCCUCCCACCAACCCUAAUGGACAAAUUGUGAUGUACCAGAUUCAUAUAAAUCCUGGAAGUCCUGGAGGUCGCAUCAUUAACACAACAAAUAAUGCUACAAGUUACAAUGUCAUGGGUUUAAGUCCAGUAUCUAGCCCUCCAACUUAUUUAAGUAUCUAUGAAAUUGGGAGCAGAGUUUUCAAAAUUAGUUUUGAAAUACCUGAAAAUGUGAAGGGCCAGUUAGCUGCAUACAGAAUCGUUAUUUUGGAAGGAUCCACAUGUGUACAAGAGAUUUUUCUUGUAGGAAACUGUCCACAAUGUAUGAGUUUAGUUGACUGUGCAGACCGUCAGUUCGUCCUAAAACCUGAUAUAACCCAGCCUGUGGUACACCAAGUAAAAGGUCUAAAACCAUACACCCACUAUGUUGUUAAAGUGGCUGCAGUGAAUGGAAACGGAGAAGGACGCUUUAAUAUUGCAACAGUGAAGACUGAUGAAGAAAUUCCACAAAAACCUGGACAUAUAAGUUCAACUAAUAUAAUGGCGAAGAGUCUGACGUUGUCUUGGGAUGUAGCAGCCCCCUCACCUGGCAACACAACGUACACUAUAUAUGUGUAUGAAGGAACUGAUGAUACUGGAACCAACUUUAACCGGAGACAACCAAAACUAAAAGCAUACGGUUUUCACCAGAAGUCAGUGUCCUUAGAUGAACUGGAGGAAUACUGGCCAUAUAAGUUCAAAGUAGAUGCUGCUACAAUUAAAGGGAAUACAACAUCAGAUUUAUCAGAUAUUGUCAGAACAAAACAAGCAGCACCAGGACAAGUGGAAAACUUGACUGUCAAAAUAAAAGUUGGAGACUACAGAACAGCAUACGUAUCUUGGAGCAUACCAUCACUGAAGGAGUGGAAUGGUGUCUUAGAAAACUAUCACUUCAAAAUCAGUCAUAAAGGGGAAGAGAGAAAAAGUAUGUCUGGACUGGGGAUCGAACUUGGGAUCCCUGCAUCACUAGUAAAGUGCUUUACCUACUGA